AGAGGGAGUGUGAGAGAAGGACAGAGAGAGAGAGACUGAAAUCUCCAGCUCCAGUACCUGUUACAGAGCUGGAUGGCCGGGUGAUCAGAUUAGAGGCGUCAGGGUUCGUUAAUCUGCGGGGGAGCGACAGACUGCCACUCACACGCCGCUCCCACACAGCUCCCAUUCAUCGGCGGCGAACGGGGGAAGCAGGAGCGCAUUUGGUGGUUUGACGCGCGUCGGGGAGUUCCCCCCUCUUGUGUUUCCUUUUUUUUUUUUUUUUUUUUUUUUUUUUUUGUUCUAUUAUUUUUUUUUUCUUUUUUCUUUUACAAUGGAUACCUGCAGGGUACGAGCCUGGGUGUUUCUGCUCCUCCUGGCGUGGCAGGACUGGUCCUUGGCAUCGCAGUUCCCGACACAGCUCAUGAUUAAAGAAUGGGUUGAUCAAAUGCAGAAAGAGCUCGUCACCCUGGCAGACACGGCCACGGCUGGGAAGGGGCUCACUCAGAUUUUUGAGAGAAACCAACACCUUUUCACUGUGGAGCAAAACGACGCAGAGGAGCUGGUGGACAGGGCUGCCACAAAAAUUGAACAGCUGCUGCUGAAGAGGGCUGCUGCCUUAGAGAAACUGGCCACAGCUGCUGAGGACUUCCAGAUGGCGUAUCAGUGGAAAGACGAGUUUGAGGAUGAUGAAAUCGCCUACUACAACGCGAAGGACAAUCUGGAUGCAAAUGAGACGGAGGGACGGAAAUACAGGAUUCGACCGGACUUUAAAGAGGACCCGUCAUUUAAACGUUUGACUGAUCACAACCACACGGCCGUCCACAUCCCCACGGACAUCUAUGAUGGCUCCACGAUCGUGCUGAAUGAGCUGAACUGGACGGAAGCUCUGGAGGAGGUGUUUAAAAAGAACAGGGAGGAUGACCCGACCCUUCUCUGGCAGGUGUUUGGCAGCGCCACAGGCCUGGCUCGCUACUACCCAGCUUCUCCCUGGAUGGAUGCACGGAAGACCCCGAGUAAAAUCGACCUGUACGACGUCCGCAGGAGGCCGUGGUACAUCCAAGGAGCCGCCUCGCCCAAAGACAUGCUAAUCCUUGUGGAUGCGAGCGGCAGCGUGUCGGGCCUGACUCUCAAACUGAUCAGGACCUCCGUCAGCGAGAUGCUGGAGACUCUGUCUGAUGACGACUACGUCAAUGUAGUUUAUUUCAACACCAGGGUGAAGGAGACGGCGUGCUUCAACCACCUGGUCCAAGCCAACGUAAGGAACAAGAAGCUGCUGAAGGACGCCGUGCAGAACAUCACGGCCAAAGGCAUCACAAACUACACAAAAGGCUUCGAGUUUGCUUUUAGGCAGCUCUCUGCGACUAAUGUGAGCAGAGCAAACUGCAACAAGAUCAUCAUGCUGUUUACUGAUGGAGGAGAGGAAAGAGCUCAGGCUAUACUGGAGAAGUACAAUGCUGACAAAAAGGUGAGGAUCUUCACUUUCUCAGUAGGACAGCACAACUAUGAUAAAGGACCCAUUCAGUGGAUGGCCUGUUCCAACAAAGGUUACUUCUAUGAGAUUCCUUCUAUUGGAGCCAUCAGAAUAAACACACAGGAGUACCUGGAUGUCCUGGGAAGACCAAUGGUUCUGGCUGACAAGCAGGCCAAACAAGUCCAGUGGACUAAUGUAUACCUCGACGCUUUGGAACUGGGCCUGGUCAUCACCGGGACGCUUCCCGUCUUCAAUAAAACAAAGACCAAAGAUGACAGAAACGGCGAGCACCAGAAUCAGUUGAUUCUGGGCGUGAUGGGGAUCGACGUGUCUCUGGAUGACAUCAAGAAGCUCACACCACGCUUCACGAUUGGUCCAAACGGAUACUACUUUGCCAUCGACCCCAACGGAUACGUCCUGCUGCAUCCAAAUCUCCAGCCCAAGAAUCCCAAAUUCCAGGAACCCGUCACACUGGACUUCCUGGAUGCCGAACUGGAGAACGACAUCAAAGUGGAGAUCAGGAGAAUGAUGAUUGAUGGAGAGACAGGCGAGCGUACCAUUCACACCCUGGUGAAAACGCAGGAUGAGAGGUAUAUCGACAGAGGAAUCCGGACCUACACGUGGGCACCGGUUAAUGGAACAGACUACAGCCUGGCUCUCGUUCUGCCAAAAUACAGCGAACACUUCAUUCAAGCAAAGCUGGGGGACGACAUGAAACAAGCUAUGUCUUCUUCUUGGGGGCAAGAAGCCAUGGAAACCAUACAGCUGGAGAGGUUCGAUGAGUACGGCUACACCUACAUCGCUCCGAGGGAGUACUGCAAAGAGCUGAAGUUGUCACUCAACAACACCGAGUUUCUCCUCGACUUCAGCCAGUACAUUGAUAGAAACACUCCAAACGCUUGUAACGUGUCCCUGGUGAAUCGGCUGAUCCUGGACGCAGGUCUGACAGCUGAACUGGUCAAACUUUGGAGCGAGCAGACAGUGGAUGGGAUUGUGGCCAGGUUUGUUGCAACAGAUGGAGGAAUCACAAGGAUCUACCCAAGAAGUGCCGGGGAAGAGUGGACCGAGAACCCCGAGACGUACGAAUCCAGCUUCUACAAAAGGACCCUGGACAAUGAAAUUUAUAUUUUCACGGCUCCAUCUUUCAACACGGAGAGCAGGGAGCCUGUUUCUGAAUCAGGUAUUCUGGUGAGCAAAGCGGUCGACCUCACAAUUGACGAAGUCACGCUCAAACCAGCAGUGGUGGGAGUGAAGCUCAAUAUCUCAUACUGGAUGAACAUUUUCAUGAAUGCUACACUGAAAGCGAAUUGCAAAGAUGAGAUCUGUGGCUGUCUGAGGAAUGACAAGCAAGUAGACUGUGUGAUCCUGGACGACGGGGGAUUUCUUCUCAUGUCCAAUCAAGACGAGUACAUAAACCUGAUAGGUCAGUUCUUUGGAGAGGUGGAUCCUGUGCUGAUGAUUAACCUGGUCAACACCUCCCUGUACGCCUUCAACAAGACCUAUGACUACCAGUCUGUGUGCGACCCAGAGAGAGACAGCAAGGCUGCAGCAGGACCCCGCUCCGUCUACGUGCCUACCAUUGCAGACUUGCUCAGUAUCGGCUGGUGGGCUUCCAGUGCUGCCUGGUCGAUACUCCAGCAGCUUUUCUUCGGCCUCAUGUUCCCUAACCUUCUCGAGGCAGCGGAGUCAGCAGAUGAUGACAUACCAGAUGCCAUGUUUAAGGAAAGCUGCAUUACAGAGCAAACUCAGUACUUCUUUGACAUUGAGGAGAGAUCCUACUCAGGUAACCUGGACUGUGGAAACUGUUCCAGGAUGUAUCGUGCUGAGAAGCUGCCAAACACCAACCUAGUGUUCCUGAUCACCGAUGCCAAGGCGACGUGUUUGUCGUGUGACCCCAGACCGCUACGACAGGCCGAACAACCCUCUGAAGGUCCAGAUCCAUGCGAGCUGGCUCAGAACCCCAGAUACCGCAAAGGGCCGGACGUGUGUUUUGACAACAAUGAAAAUGAUGAGCCCUUGUGCCCAAUCAGCAGAGGUUCUCCACUGAGCCCCGCACCUCUAUUGUUGUUACUGAUGCUAAGUUCAGGGAAGAUGAUUCUGACUGCGGAGGAGGGACCUGCCUAAGCCCGUGUCUUUGGCCGAUGCUCGGGCUCCAACUACUGCUGCUGUGGCUCCUCACAUCUUUACAACACUCAUGACCCCUACACACACACACACACACACACACACACACACACACACACGCUCACAUCAUCAUCAUCAUCAUCAUCAUCUCAGCUCACAAGAGGCCAGAAGACUCUUCAGUUAUGCCAUCCGGGACGUAUGCAGGAUAUUUGCAACGAGACACUUUUAUCAGCAUCUCCAUUUUCCUAUGCCAAAGGGUGCUCAUUCAUUUCCUCGUCAUUUUUCCAAAAUAGAGACACAUUUACUGUGCUCAGCUGCACUCAUUACCACGAUAUACUCCUUAAUACUGGUGCAAGAGUAAGAGCUAACCAAACCCUUUAAUUCUGCCUAAUUUGUUUCUCUGAUUUUAUUUAGCGGAGGGUGAAGAGUUGUCCCACUAUGCCAACUAAAUAUCAUUCAAAGACUGUAUGUUCACUGACAGCGUUGAUUUGUGUAGUCGUCGAUAUUGUUUGUUGCUUAUUAUAUUAUUGCGUAUGAAUCAUUAUGCUGUAAUGAGCGUUUAAUUUCGGCAACCAGUGCAACUAUGACGAAUAUCCCUUUUUGUUUGGCGUGUUUUUUAAAUGUGCUGUACCUAUCUAUUUUUCAACCAUUUCUUUUUGUGACUCCGGAUCAACUUUCUGCGACUAGCUAGGUGUUGUAUUGUAGCAGCAUGUGCUCAGUACAGAGCUAAACACAACACCGGUACUCUGACACCAAAGCUCCACGCUACCCAGGACCACAGACAUACACAAACCUACUACAGAGGAUCUGCAGGCUAGUUUAUUUUCAGAUUUCCUCUAUCGUGGGUGCACAUCAGUAUUCGAGUUACAGCGUUAGCUAGGUAGAUAGACACCUUAGAUACCUCGCUGAGAGGUAAGAGAGCACCCCGUGUGAAUUUAACCUAUUAGGAUAUUACUAUUUCAAAUACGUUUGUAGUUGGUCUGACAGCUUUGGUUGUCUUCAAUUUGAUGCAUCGAAUUCCCAGUGCCUACUCAGUAGCUCAAACAGUCUGUCAUCUGGAUAAAACAAUGCAGCAGCUGUUGCAUCCCUCACACGUAUGCUCCGACGCCUGCUGCAGUAUAAGCACACAGGUUUAGCCCGUGCAGUGACAUGUUGCAGAAUGGGUCAAAUCUGCUGCAGUCUACUCUCAAUUCAUGUGGCCCACACACCUGUAGGAACAACCGGUGAUUUUGAUUGCGCGAGAGGAAGAUCAUUUCCCUCCACGGUCAAAAACAAACUGAAACCAGACUUGAGCUUUGCGUUCCAACACCUCUCUUUAUUAGUCCUGUUUCUGUUACCUUUUUUUUUCUUCUGGAUCUCCAGACUCAGGAGCCAAGAUGACUUGUGAAUGAGAUCAGCAUAAUAAAAACGACUGUUUUCUUUGUUUGCCUCCUCCCCGCCGCUCUCCUUCCUUAUGCUUGUUUCCUCUUUGUGUUGCUCUCUAAGUGCUGUGAAGCAGACGCUGAAGGCUCAGUGUCGAAAAGCUGCAAUGUCAUGGGAUGAGCUUGUUAUGUGUUUUGAACGCUGUCUAUGCCCAACGGUCAGCAUCAGGGCCUGUUGGAGAGAACUUUGAGAAUACGCUGGGGUAAUCAUGCAUUGCCUUACUCUACCAUAAGUCAUAAAAAUAACACAAAAAUGUUUUACUGGUCCCUUUUUGUUUUCCAUUAUAAUGAUUAAAGUUGAGUUCUCUCCACCUCGCCGUCAUGGUGAACUGCUGGUGUUGAGUGUUCAGGUUAUGCCUGUUUAUCAAAAGUCGCGUGUUGACUCGUGUUUUAACCCGGGGGUCCCGUGUCUAUGUGCAGGCAUGUGCGUGUCCCUCCGAUAUCUGAUUGUGCUUUAAUACUGUACAUGAAUUUACUCUUUUGUGGAACUUGACUAGCCUGAAUAAAUUUUUGUAUACAUUUGUACACUAAUACUAUUUACUGUAUAAAAGAGAAAAUGGAAGGAAAUGAAAAAUGUUUAUAAUAUGGUGUUGAUUAUUGUGCAAAUAUAAUAUAUUCACAAUAAAAGUGUUGUAUUGUUAUGA